AUGUUGACGGCGGGCGGCAUGGAGUUGAGGUUAGACGGAGUGGUUGUGAAAGUGCAACGAGCAGAGACGGCUGGAGAGACGGCGGAGAUAGUCACAGGCACGAAGGAGCGAGCGGAGGAGUUGGAAGCGCAGGUGAAGAGGCAAGGCGAGACCAUGGCAGCUCUGAAGCGAGAGGUGGACGAAAUGAGGCGCGCGAUGGUGAAGGGGGCGCUGGAGAUGAUGGGAGCGGCGGAGAACCACGGCGCUGGAAGUGCCGCGGCAGGAGAAGCACAUGACGCGGACGGCCUUUCAGCGCAGCCGGCGGCGAAGGGCGAGGCGCUUAUGGCCCUAGUGGAGGCCAUGAUCACGGCGCGGGUGAAGGACGUACGCGACGAGCUCGAGUCGCAAGUGAAGGGAUUGACGGAGCAGUUGGAGGCCGUGAAACGUGAGGCGAGGGACGCGACGAGCGAGGCGAGGGCAGUGAUCGAGCGGCAGGCGGCGGAGAUAGCGGACGUGAAGGCGACAGCGGCGCACAUUGACGCGCGGAUGAACGACGUGGAGCUGGCGGUGGCGGAGUGGAAGAGCGCGCGGGAGACGACGCGCGCGGAGCACAGCGACGGCAACGCGGGGGAGCAUGCAGGGGCGGAGGGGCGCGAGGGGAAAAAGAGGAAGAGGGAGGUCGAAGGGGAUGAGCUGGCAGAAUUUACUGGUGCUGCAGGAGUUGCUGCGGACGAUGGAGAUCAAAAACGGGAUGAUGGGGACAACUCGGGCUGGGAGGUUGAAUGUGAGAAGGUGAAGAAGGCGGUGGAGGAGGUGGAAAGCAGAGUGGCUAAGCUGGAGACGACGAGUGACGAAUUUGGAAAUGACACUUGGCAUCUGUAG